GGCGGCCAUUUUAUGAGGGAAGGUGAAGGUGUAAGUCAUUUAGUGUACCUGAGAACAAGCCAGUCUAAGAUGAGUGACUGUGAGGAGAAGACUGGCAAGAAGAGACUGUUGGAAGAACCACAUGAUGUUGAGGAAGGUAGAAGUAAAGGCUCCAAGGAAGCUAGACUGGAUAAAGCGUCCGAGGUGCCUCCAUUAACCCCCAGUCUAACGGUCCUUACGCUAACCGCCGACGACUGGAGCCAACAGGAGUCGUCGCCGAUCCAGUCUAAAGAUGCGUACUCUAGGGUGUCGGCCACGGAGGAGAACGACGAUGGUUCGGUCAGCUGUGGGGUCAUGUGGAGAGGUGAUUCAGACAACAGGGAGCCGUAUCUGUCGUUAUCACAGGUGUGUUGGACCCAGACCUACCACUUCUCUCAACCAGUAACUGACAGUCCAGAGCCGACAGACAGUCAGGCACAGUCCAAAGAAACUGCACUUGCCAGUCUAAACCUUAAGACAGUUAUUCAGAAAAGCGGCAGUCAGUCAUUGGUUUGUUGCGUACCUGAUUGUGCGACGCGAUUGGACGAGAGGGAGUGUACAGCCUCGUUUUACACCAUCCCCAGUGACGAGGCUCAGAGGCUCUUGUGGUUGGAGGCUCUCGACAUCAACCUACAGGAGCCAGAGAAGACUCUACACGUCUGUGGUCAACACUUUAUCAUCCCCAAGAGAUUACCAACAGCAAAAGCCAGGACCAGGAAGAAGAAAACAUGUGAUAUGUUGCUGGCAGAAGAAGCAGAAAAGAUUAAACAAGGAAUGACCGGUGGACGACCCAAGAGAACACCCAAACCAAACAAGAAUUAUGAUUGGGCAGAAAUCGUUCCGUUCAUCAAGUCCGAACCUGUAGACGACGAGGAGCUAGACCCGGCGACCCCAAACAAGACCUCGACAAAAGGCUCGGGUCUGGUCGGCCGAAGGAGGAAACAGAUUUUCUCAAAGGUGAAAAAGGAGGACAAAGAAAAUGAGCGGCCGACUCUCGACCCAGAGAUGUACGACGACGACGAGUACGGCGAAGAUGUCAGCAUGCCCAGCCACCCUCGACCGCCGCCCCCUAAGCCAAAGGGCCGACCUCACAGAAUCAGAGACAACUGUACGCAGACUGACGUUCUUCGUAACGCCAGUCUAAGAAUACCUCUACGAGAGGUGAAGGUCCAGUGUAAUUUGACGUCUCAACCGCUCGUUUCGUGUUCCAGUUGUUCGAGCAUUAACUGGGAGAGACUAGAGGAGUUACUGCUCGAGUGUUUGCCCAGACUCGAGGGGGAGAUAUGUGGCCCUCAAGUUAGUGAGUGUUUGAGGGGCAUCUUGGGUGAGGUCCAGGAGCCAACACACGCUUCCAAUGUCCUCAAGAUGUUGGGAGGCCUCGAGAGAGACAUAUUGGAGAGCGCCAAGGACAUUGUCUUAGUUUCAACACAAGAUGACGAGGUGGAAAUUGAGAACGUGAUUCACCCAGAAGUAGAAGCUCCCAUGACCGGCCUCAAGGAAAUAAUACCCAAAGUAUGGCAAGAAAAACCCAAGUGGAAAGAAGAGAUGGAGGAGGAGGAGGAUGAGGACGACCCCGACGGCUUUGGUCUCCAGGAGGCGACCGACAUGGACGACAUAGAGUUCCAUCCUCGCGUCUCCCGGCGUGAGGAGGAGGAGGAGGAGGGAGCAGAAGAAGAGGAGGAGGAAGAGGAGGAAGAGGAGGAAGAUGAUGAUGAGUGGAACAUUAAUAAGAGAGACGGUGACUCGGGAGUUUCAUCUGUCAGGAAAAAACAAAAGAAGAUCAACAACAGAAACAAAAAAGGGCGAGAUUGUUGUCCUGGGGAAGAAAGAGACCUACGGGAGAUGGAGAGAGACCCAUUGUGUGAUGAUAGUGAUGAUGAUGAUGAUGAGGAGGAGGAGGAUUGUGAUAGAGGCCACACAAUAACUAUAUCAGAUAAAGGUGUGCUGAGGGUUGAGGGGUAUGGCGGAGGAGGUAGUUUGAGAGAGAGACACGUCGUUAAGAAACUCCGUAAGAGUGGCGACGAUCGUUGGUUGAGAGGGUCUUACAAGUGCCCCAAGUGUGAGAAGGUCUUUACCACCAGACUUAAGAUGGAGCGUCAUCACCAGUACCUGCACCUGGGUAUAGCGCCGUGGACGGGGAGUCACCUGUGCGAGGAGUGCGGCAAGACGUUCACUCAGAAGGUCGGGCUCAGGGUCCACCGCAUGCACAAGCACGGAGACCCCAAACAGUUCCCGUGUUCGCUGUGUAGUUACGAGGCCGUCACCAAGGCCAAGCUCAAGAGACACCUCAGGAGUCACUCGGACGAUCGGGUCUUCACGUGCGAGUUCUGCGGCCUGGCCCUCAAGACGUCGGACACCCACCGUAACCACCUGGCCCUGCACACCAACGAGGGCCGGUACCAGUGCGAGGUGUGUAAGAAAGCCUUCCACCACAAGCAGUACUACGAGGACCACUGCAGGAGCCACUUCGACGUGCGGGACUACAACUGCGACAUCUGCCAGACCGCGUUCAAGACCAACAAGUCGUUGAGGACCCACGUGAGGGGCGUCCACCUCAACGACAAGCGCAUAGUGUGCGACGUGUGCGGCGCGAGGUUCAUGACCAACUACAACCUGCGGGGCCACAUGAAGAAACACGCCCGGGCCGACCCCACCAAGCAGAAGUUCCGGUGCAACAACUGUUCCUACUUCUUCCUGGGUGAAGUCGGACUCAACACUCACAGGUGUAUGGUGCACCCACAGUACAGACCCGUCCAGAUCAAGAUAGAGUCCGACGGCUCCUCUCCGGCCGUCUGCGACGGACGUAAGACCGACGGCCUCGAGGAGGAGCCCGACGGAGACGGGACGCCGUACGCCGCCGACAUAGAACACGUCAUCGUAGAGGGCCGGUCGGAGGCCACAGCCUACCAGACCCACGGCUCUCUCCUCACGGGGGACGAGGCCGGGGUGGAGGCCGUGGAGGCCGUGGUGGAGGACCGCGGCGAAGACGAACCCAGACAACACGUGAGCGUGAUCCACGUGUACCACUGCGACGACUGCGGCGGCAUGUUCACCUCCCACGACCUCUGGGCCGCUCACACGAAGACCUGUCCUCCUUGAACCGCCCGACCUUGUCACUAGUACAGGACCUGGUAACUACAAGGGGUACAUCUGCUGUCUCAUUUACAAGUGUACCCUGGUCACUCAAAAGUGGUCACUCAUCAGCUGUACCUUAGUCACUCAUCAGCAGUACCCUGGUAACUUAUCAGCUGUACCUCAGUCACUCAUCAACUGUACCCCGGUCACUCAUCAGCCGUACCCCGGUAACUCAUCGGCUGUACCCUGGUCACUCACCAGCUGUACCUCAGUCACUCAUCAACUGUACCCCGGUCACUCAUCAGCCGUACCCCGGUAACUCAUCGGCUGUACCCUGGUCACUCAUCGGCUGUACCUCAGUUACUCAUCAACUGUACCCUGGUAACUCAUCAGCUGUACCUCAGUUACUCAUCAACUGUACCCUGGUAACUCAUCAGCUGUACCUCAGUCACUCAUCAACUGUACCCUGGGGUUGGGUCUUGUGGGGCAGACCUGACACGACUGAUGGGGUAUUAUUUUUAUUAUUUUUCCAGGAUUGAGAGAGUCAUCCGGUUACCUGUCAUUCCUGGAAGUGUUCUGGACCAAUUGUUCCAGCUAAUACUUGUGUAUUUAACGUUAAUAACCAUACAGGUUGUGUAUAAAUUAUCUAAAUGGAUGUAUACUUUUUGAACACCCUGUAUAGAGAUUAUAAAAUGUGACAAUUAA